CAACCGCGGGCGCUGCCGAUGUUUUUCUCUCCGGCACCGGGCGCAUGGCGCGGCCGCCAGGGCCGCUUCUCCUUCUCCUCCUCCUUCUCCGCCUCCUGCUCUACCUCGCCGCCGCCGGGCGGCCCUGCGGCCCCGCCGGGCUGUCACGGGACACGGUGUUGGGCCACCUGGGAGCCAACAUCACAUUGACCUGCCAGGACGAGGUGCCGGAAAAUGCCACGGUGUUGUGGCAGGUGAAGGAGCAGGGGGCAGCCGGGGGCUGGGGGCAGCAGCUGGCAGAGGGUAACACGCUGCUCCUGCGGCGGCUGCGCUACGAGGACUCUGGGCACUACAGCUGCUCUGUGGGGAGCCACCUGCUGCGCUCCCUGCGGCUGCUGGUGGCAGCACCUCCCUGCCUUGCAGAGCCCCCUGAAACUCCCCAGGUUUCCUGCUACCGGCGGAGCCACGACAAGGAUGUCGUGUGUGAGUGGCCACAGCAGGAGAAGCCAUCCCCAGGGACACGGGCGAUGAUCUGGGUGAAGCGGAGGUUUGUGGCUGAAAACGCCACAGAGCAGCGGUGCCGCUACUUCUCCAAGGCUCGGAAGUUCGUCUGCCGGGUGAAGGUGCCGCCUGGCACCGAUGACACCAAACACCUUGUGGUGUCCACGUGCGUCAGCAACAGCGCUGGUGGCUCGGCUGGCAAGGACAAGAUCAUCACCCUCAGCAGCGUCCCAGUGAAGCCAGACCCUCCAGUCAACGUGACGGUGGAGGCACUGGAGAAGGCGCCGCAGCGGCUGCAGGUGAACUGGUCCUACCCCUCCUCCUGGGACUCCCGUUUUUACUGGCUCCGCUUCCAGGUCCGCUACCGCCCUGAGCCUUUGCCAAUCUUCACGGAGGUGGAUCAGGUGACAACAACUUGGCUCGACAUUCGUGACGCGUGGCGUGGGAUGAGGCACGUGGUGCAGGUGAGAGCGAAGGAUGAGUUCGGCCACGGUGCGUGGAGCGAGUGGAGCCAGGAGGCUGUGGGUACCCCCUGGACAGACCCUUGGGACCUCACCUCUGAAAUGGAGCCUUUCAGCUCACAGGUCCUUGUGGAAGAUGGCACCUAUGGGGUGACACUGGUGCCCAGGCUCUUCAGAGAGGAUGACAGUAAUGGUGCUGGUGGGUCUGUCAUGGAAUCCAGUACCCGUCCUGUGGCAUCCCCCUACCCCUUCCUGGUCACUGGAGGGAGUCUGCUCCUUGGCAUCGCCCUGUUUGUUGGCGUCGUGGUGAGGUACAGGCAGACGUGGACAAGUGGGCAGGAGACGACGACCAAGCCAGAGGGCGAGGGGCAGCACAUGCUACUCCCCCUAAACCUCCCCCCACCCACACUCAGUGAUACCCCUCUGCUCUCACACCCUGCCCCCUCAGCCCCUGGAAUGCUCCACAUAACUCACGCAGAUUAUUCCUCCUCAGGGCAGUAGCUGGGGGCUGAAUAUGCUGGUAGGUGCUUGGGGGUUGGAUGGGGGGGGUCACAGGGCUGUGAUUUGGCUCUGGGAGCAGUUCUCCCCCACUAUCUGGUGGCUCUGUGGCUGGGAUGAGCCUCUGAGGAGGGAAAUCAGUGCCAGCCCCCAUGGAGAAGCAGCUGAUAAGGGCCCCAAAUGGGGUCCAGGGGGCACCUUCAGCACCACAGCCAGGCUGGGAUGGCCAGGAGUGAUAGCACUGGAAACAUGACUGCACCAGAACAUGGGAGCUGGCCCAGGACCGGGUUUGGGGGUCCCACAGGGAAGGGCCUAGUCCCUACUAGGGGACUAGGGAGGGAGGGAGAACCUGGCUGAUCAGCCCUAUCCCUCUGCUCCAGUCCCCUCAGGGCUCCUUUUUAAAGCACAUGUCGGGGAAAACAGGACAAUGUGGCUCAAAUAAAUGCUUUGGAUUUA